AUGAACAAUAAAACAGAUUGUGAACUUAUUCGAUGGUCUCAACAAGCUAUAAAAAUAAACAUACCUAUAUAUUAUAUAUGUAUUUUUGCCACAAUGAAUCAUAUUUUUUUCUGGAUUCAGUUUAUUGCAUAUCCAUCAGUUCGUCAACAUUCUAUGCAAUGGCUUUAUGCUUAUCUAAUAACUGAUUUUCUAUUACUUAUUCGAUUCUUUUUACUUUAUGCUUAUCGGUGGUUACCAGUAUGUCUACCUUAUCUUUUUCGUAUGAUCAUAUGUUAUAGCGAAGCUAUCUUUGAUAAUUAUUUGAAUUUAAUACAAAGUUAUAUUCUUUUAGCAUUAAAUAUCUGUCGUUAUUUACAAAUAGCUUAUAAUCAUAAUGUUUAUUCAUUAAAUCGUCGUUUGAUUAUUAUUGUUCAUUUUCUCAUUUAUAUUAUACCUCUAUUCAGUCAUAUUAUUAUAAUUAUAUGUGGAUGGUCUGUUCUUGAAAAUCCACCAGGUGAUGUAUGUGAUCUUCUACCUGUUACAUUGACUAUUCAACUUUUAUUUCUUCUAUUUUCUUAUUUUAUACCAGUUAUCUUGACAUUAAUCUUUCUUUUACUUAGUCUUAAUUAUAUUCAUAAUACUCAUGGUAUUCAAACACAAAUAAUUGUUGAUGCACGAUUAAAAUAUCAUCGACAAUUAGUUGUACAAUCUUGUGUAUUCUAUUCUUUAUGGUUAAUUUUAUGGUCACCUCAUCUAGUUGUAUUUCCAUUUGUUUAUAAAAGUAGUACAGUUGGAAUAAUCGCUCAAAUAUUAAAUUAUCUAAGUAUAGCAGUUGAUCCAAUUAUAAUAGCUGCACUUGACGUAAGCUUUUUACAUGCAUGGAAAUCGACUCGUGAUCGUUUGGAUAGAUAUAUAAGACGACGACCGUCAAUACCUGCUCCGAUAACAUUUCCGUUGAAUUCAUCAGAAUAA